AUGAACCGCACGUGCCUAUCCCUCUCAAAGCGCCCGCGAGUGCACUCCAUUUCCCCCACUCCCGCUCCCCAGCUUUGAAACUGGGCCAGACCUCCUCAAGCCUUUCUCCUAAGACUCCACUCUACAGAAUGACUCAGAAGCCGGAACCGUUCAUGCCCCUUUAUUUCGCAGUCACGCAGUCACGCAGUCAACGGGCCGGGCCCAGCCGGUUCCUUGUAGAACCAACCGGGACCGGCCCGGCCCGUUGGCUUGGAAGAGAGAGAAUGGCUGGUGACUUUACUGGGCUUAGAGGUACCCGCCUCCGGCCCGGACCAACCGGGCUAUAGUUCUAUAGGAUCGAACGAAAAUUUAAAAAAUUCGAGAAAAGUUUGAACCACAAGAAUAUACGGCAUUAAAUGCCGGGAAAGAGAAGAAGAGAUUAAUUAUAGGGACGAACAUAGAGACAGAGAGAGACAGAGAGACGGGUAAGUUAGCAGCAUAGAGAGAAAGAGAGAGAGAGAGAGGAUCACGAAUUGUCAGGUUCCUCCGGGCACACGGGAGCUCUUCAGAUGGCUUUACUUAAUCGACCUCCUCGAUCUUAGGGCCCGCGCCGGCGCCGGCGCUGGCGCCGCCGCCCCCGCGGGUGAAAGACUCGUCGUCGACAUCGGCGCCCAUGUCGGCGCCGGCGCCCUGGUACAUCUUGGCGAUGAUGGGGUUGCAGAUGCUCUCGAGCUCCUUCAUCUUGUCGUCGAACUCAUCGGCCUCGGCGAGCUGGUUGCCGUCGAGCCAGUGGAUGGCCUGGUCGAUGGCGUCCUCGAUCUUCUUCUUGUCUGCGGGGUCGAGCUUGGAGGCGAUCUUCUCGUCCUUGAUGGUGUUCCGCAUGUUGUAGGCGUAGUUCUCGAGGCCGUUUUUGGAUUCCACCUUCUUCUUGUGCUCCUCGUCCUCAGACUUGUACUUCUCCGCCUCCUGGACCAUCUUCUCGAUCUCGUCCUUGCUCAGCCGCCCCUUGUCGUUGGUGAUGGUGAUCUUGUUCUUCUGGCCUGUGGUCUUGUCCUCGGCGGACACGUUGAGGAUGCCGUUGGCGUCGAUGUCGAAGCAGACGGUGAUCUGGGGCACGCCGCGCGGCGCCGGGGGGAUGCCGGAGAGCUCAAACUUGCCGAGGAGGUUGUUGUCUCUGGUCCUGGUCCGCUCGCCCUCGUAGACCUGGAUCAGGACACCGGGCUGGUUGUCGGAGUAGGUGGAGAAGACCUGCUCCUUCUUGGUGGGGAUGGUGGUGUUCCGGGGGAUGAGCACCGUCAUGACGCCGCCGGCGGUCUCCAGACCCUGAGAGAGGGGGGUAACGUCCAGUAGCAGCAGGUCCUGCACCUUCUCGUUGCCCUCGCCGCUGAGGAUGGCGGCCUGGACGGCGGCGCCAUAGGCCACGGCCUCGUCGGGGUUGAUGCUCUUACAGAGCUCCUUGCCAUUAAAGAAGUCUUGGAGGAGCUGCUGAACCUUGGGGAUCCUGGUUGAGCCGCCCACGAGGACCACUUCGUGGACGGUGCUCUUGUCCAUCUUGGCGUCCCUCAGGCACUUCUCCACGGGCUCCAUGCACUUUCUGAAGAGAUCCAUGUUCAGCUCCUCGAACCUGGCGCGAGUGAUGGUGGAGUAGAAGUCAACGCCCUCGAACAGGGAGUCGAUCUCGAUGGUGGUCUGGGCGGUGGAGGAGAGCGUCCUCUUCGCCCUCUCGCAGGCCGUCCUGAGCCGCCGCAGGGCCCGGGGGUUGCCGCUGAUGUCCUUCUUGUGCUUCCUCUUGAACUCUUGCACGAAGUGGUUCACCAUCCGGUUGUCAAAGUCCUCGCCGCCCAGGUGGGUAUCUCCGGCGGUGGCCUUGACCUCGAAGAUCCCCUCCUCGAUCGUGAGCAGGGAGACGUCGAAGGUGCCACCUCCGAGGUCAAAGAUGAGGACGUUCUUCUCGCCGACGCUGGUCGCCUUCUUGUCGAGUCCGUAGGCGAUGGCGGCGGCCGUGGGCUCGUUGAUGAUGCGCAUGACGUUCAGGCCCGCGAUGACCCCCGCGUCCUUGGUCGCCUGCCGCUGCGAGUCGUUGAAGUAAGCGGGUACCGUUACCACUGCGUUUUUUAUGGUGGAACCCAGGUAGGCCUCAGCGAUCUCGCGCAUCUUGAUGAGGACCAUGGAGGAGAUCUCUUCGGCGGCGAACUGCUUCUCUUCACCCUUGUACUGGACGAUGAUCAUGGGCUUGUCCCCAGGUCCAGGGAUGACCUUGAAGGGCCAUAGUUUGAUGUCGCUCUGGACGGAGGUAUCUGAGAAUCUCCUCCCAAUCAGACGCUUUGCAUCUGGAACAGAAAAUGAGAAUCCACGUUAUAACCCAAGAAAUUCGCGCGCGCGUGUGUGUGCAUGAGAGAAGAACGAUGUAAUAAUUCGUAGAACAUUACAUUCAACAACAAUGUACGUGAGAUUACUGGAUAUAAAGGAGUUCGUCCGGGGUACAUUAAUCUGAGAAUUUUAGAAGAGAAAAAGGCCAAAUCAUUGGAUCAGGACAGAACUUCUUUUUUGACGAGCAACACAAUCAGGAUCAAAACCAAAGACUCGAUACAAUAACAACUAAGCCUCCCUCGCUAUUACCUUGUGAAGGGUGGAAUGGGCGACUACUGACAGAAAAGUAUGGAUAAAAAGUAUGGAUAAUAUAGAACGGGAUAUUAUAUUUCGGAAAAAAUAAGGAUAAAAAAGAUUGGGCGGAUAAAACCAUCAGUUAAAAAUAGAUUAACGCACAGAAGAGAAAAACCACAAAAAUAGAUAAGAGACGACAUAUAUUCAAAUGCAAAAGCAAUGACAACGAGGCUUUUACAAACUUCUUUCCUAAAAACUCGUAACAGAUAGUCGAAUACCUCACAGAUUUAGCUGACAGGAGUGGAAAACAGUGCUGAACAGAUGAGGUCACUAACAACAGGGAGAAGCAUACCGAACACGGUGUUCACCGGGUUCAUGGCAACCUGGUUCUUGGCGGCGUCGCCGAUGAGGCGCUCGCUGUCGGUGAAGCCGACAUAGGAAGGCGUGGUGCGGUUACCCUGGUCGUUGGCGAUGAUCUCCACACGAUCGUGUUGCCAGACCCCGACGCACGAGUAGGUCGUACCGAGAUCAAUGCCGAUCGCCGGACCUUCUCCUUUUCCGGCCAUUCUGCCGGGAAAUCAAGGAGCGAGAAUCUGAGAGACGCGAAGGCACCCCUCCCCCCCCACCGCAGCUCAGAUCAGUCUCGCUAG